AUGGCAAGCCUCCACCCUUUUGACCCCAUCACAUGUGCCGAGAUCCAGCUGGCUGUUCGGAUUCUUGAAUCCGCUUUCCCGGGGAUCAAGCUGCGAUACAAGCGCAUUGAUCUCCAGGAACCCUCCAAACAUGAGGUCAUCCCAUACAUCGAGGCCGAGCGGCGGGGCGAGAAAUGCCCACGCAAGCCCGCUCGGUUGUUGAUGGCGCUGUUCCACCGGCUAGAUAACGGGUCAUUCUUCAAGGCAUUGUUGAACGCAGACACCAAGUCCCUGGUGUCUGCCAAGGAACUGCCCAAGGACGUCCAAGGCCCAGUGGAUGUCGACGAGAUGAUCGAGAUCGAGCAGCUAUAUCCGUGGAUCUAUGGCACGGACAACCCGCAAGAAUCCCGCCGACUGUUCCAAUGCUACAUGUACAUUGUGGCCACGGACCAUCCUCAGAACAAUCAGUAUUCACUGCCCUGCAAAUUCUCCCCGGUCUUCGAUGGUAUCUCCCGCAAACUCGUCCGUAUGGACUUUCUUCCUGGCGCGGCAGACACCCAGAGCACCCAGACACAGCCAUGGAAACCAGUUCCUGCAGUCCAAUACGCACACGACUUGCUGGAUGAGCCGCUGCGCACCGAUCUGAAGCCAUAUGUUGUUCAACAGCCCGAGGGUGCGUCAUUCAACGUGAUCGGAAACGCAGUGUCGUGGCAGAAAUGGCGAUUCCGCGUUGGUUUUAAUAGUCGAGAGGGGCUGGUUUUGCAUAAUGUGACCUAUGAUGGCCGUAGCACAUUCUAUCGUCUCUCGGUGUCGGAGAUGACGGUCCCCUAUGGAGACCCUCGCGCGCCAUAUCACCGCAAACAGGCCUUUGAUGUAGGCGAUGUCGGAUUUGGCAUCACCGCGAAUCAACUCAUCCUAGGCUGUGACUGCCUAGGCCAUAUCAAGUAUUUUGAUGGCUACCGCUCCGAUGCACAGGGCGCCCCGAUUCAGCUCAAAAAUGUCAUCUGUAUGCAUGAGCAGGAUAACGGUCUGCAGCAUAAACAUACAAACUAUCGCAGUGGAGCAGCCACUGUAGUUAGAAACCGCCAGCUUGUGAUCCAGAUGAUCUGCACCGUCGCCAAUUACGAAUAUAUCUUUGCGUUCAUACUCGACCAAGCGGCCAACAUCGAGCUCGAGGUGCGCGCAACGGGGAUUCUGUCGACCGUGCCAUUCGAUAAUGAGAAUGGGCAGACCGUGCCAUGGGGCACGAACGUUGGCCCUGGUGUGAUGGCCCCGUUCCACCAACACAUGUUCUCGCUGCGGAUCGAUCCUGCCUUGGAUGGGUUCAAGAAUACCGUAUAUUAUGAGGACAGCGUACCUAUGCCACAGGAUGAAAGCAACCCAUAUUUGGUCGGAUAUACCACGGAGCAGAAUGUUAUUCGCUCCAGUGGCAGCGCAUCGACAAGCGUGGACCGCAACCGCGUGUUCAAGAUCCGCAACGACCACAUCAUGAACCCAAUUACCUACCACCCCAUCGCCUACAAGCUGCAGACGAUGCCUAGUCAGAUGCUCCUUGCACGACCCAACUCAUUCGGCACAAAGCGGGCCCAGUUUGCGACUCGCCCGAUCUGGGUCACCAAGUACCAAGAUAACGAGCUGUACGCGGCGGGUGAAUUCACGAACCAGAGCAAGAGGUCCGACGGCGUGGAGGUGUGGGCGGCAAGGAACGAUGCCGUCGAAGACGAGGAUGUCGUGCUGUGGCAUACCUUCGGUCUUACUCACAACCCGCGUAUUGAGGACUUUCCAGUGAUGCCCAUGGAACGUGUUAGUGUCAUGCUCAAACCGGAUGGCUUCUUCACCAAAAACCCUGCGCUCGAUGUUCCUCCGUCGACGCAGUCGUUUAAUAAAUCCACGCUGCAUCCUGAGCCGGCUUGUUGUGCAGGGCCGCAGGACCGAGGACAGGUCAAGCUCUGA